AUGCAAGAUGUCACCGAUGUGGGACUGAACCUAAUGACGGAUCCGGUCUUUCCCACCAGGAUCGGCACAUCGGUUACGAGAGACACCACUCCGGACCUUACCUUCGUCAAAACCGACGGAAGAACGAGAGAAGCGGAAUGGAGAAACACGGGCCAAGAGCUGGGCAGCGAUCACUACAUCGUGGAGGUCGUCGUACCGCUCGAAGGCCAAGGCAACACCGGCAUAAGGAGGCAUCGCAUUACGGACUGGGACGCCUUUCGAAAUGCCCUACCCGCGGUGCAACUGGACAUUACGGACAUCGAACAAUGGGCGGCUAACGUCGUUGAGACGACGGAAGGAGCCACCAAUGAGCUGGAGAAGGACGAACGGAUAGACAAGAUGGGCAGUCGGCUGGCCCACCUGAUAGAAGCGAAGCAGUCCAUAAAGGCGAGGUGGCAGAAGCAACGAACUAACCGAAGCCUAAGAAAGAAGAUCGCCGAGCUCAACAGGCAGAUCGAGGGCCACUGCAAGGUGCUAUGCACCCAACAAUGGAACGAGGCCUGCAAUGAAGCCGACGGACAGUUACACAAGAGCAAGACGUGGAACAUACUGCGGCACCUCCUCGACGAAACAAAGACCAAGGGCCACCAACACAACAACCUGGCCAGGAUCCUACACAAGGCAAUCUGCGAACACGGGGAGGACGAGAUCAAGCGGCACUUGGACGCCAAGUACCUACCGACCACCCCCACGGAAAGGCACCCGGAUUACCAAGGCAACGAGAACGAGACGCUAGAUCGAGACAUCGAGACAUGGGAACUCAGAGCUGCCCUGCAUGAUCUCAAUGGCAGGUCUGCCGCGGGUCCCGACCGAGUGACCAACCGAGCGCUGAAGAACCUCAACGAAGCGGCCAUCGAAACGCUGACGAACUUCUACAAGAAGUGCUGGCAAGAUGGAAAUCUACCCAAGCAAUGGAAAGCAGCCAAGACGAUCCUCAUCCCCAAGCCUGGCAGGCCACCCAACAUAGAGAACCUCAGGCCGAUCUCGCUCACUUCGUGCGUGGGAAAGGUCUUCGAGCACGUUCUCAUGAACAGGUGGCAGCAUUACCUGGAAGAAUCGGAGCUCUACCCAAAUUCCAUCAUCGGGUUUCGGAACAAGCUCGGGACGCAAGACGCCAUGAUCUUACUGAAGAACGAGAUCAUCGACGAUAUGACGGGCACCUAG